UUCCUUUUCUUCUCGCAACAAACUCCCAAUCUCCGGAGAUGAUGGCGGCGGCAAUGGGGUCGCCAUGGCUGCGCAUCAGGCUGCUCCCGGAGGUGCCGCCGCGCCUCCUGCGGCCCCACCUCCGCCGGACCCUCUCCGUCCGCGCCUCCGCCUCCGCCUCGGCGUCACCGGACGGCGCCGGCGGCCCGGUGCGGGUCCGCUUCGCGCCGUCGCCGACGGGCAACCUCCACGUCGGCGGCGCCCGCACCGCGCUCUUCAACUACCUCUUCGCGCGGUCCAAGGGGGGCAAGUUCGUGCUCCGCAUCGAGGACACCGACCUCGAGAGGUCCACCAAGAAGUCCGAGGAGGCCGUGCUCAGUGACCUCGCCUGGCUCGGCCUUGACUGGGACGAAGGUCCCGAUGUUGGUGGGGAAUUUGGGCCGUAUCGCCAGUCCGAGCGCAAUUCGAUGUACAAACAGUAUGCCGAGAAGCUGAUGGAGUCUGGUGCAGUCUAUCAGUGCUUUUGCUCCAGUGAGGAACUUGAACAGAUGAAAGAAACUGCAAAGCAGAUGCAACUUCCACCUGUAUACAUGGGCAAGUGGGGGACUGCUUCAGAUGCAGAAAUACAACAGGAGUUAGAGAAGGGGACACCUUACACUUACCGUUUCCGUGUACCGAAGGAAGGGUCGUUGAAAAUUAAUGACCUUAUUCGUGGUGAGGUCAGUUGGAACUUAGACACGCUUGGUGAUUUCGUGAUUAUGAGAAGCAAUGGCCAGCCAGUGUAUAACUUCUGUGUCACAGUUGAUGAUGCUACCAUGCGCAUCUCUCAUGUUAUCAGAGCUGAAGAACAUCUGCCAAACACAUUACGGCAGGCUCUUAUUUAUAAAGCACUUGGAUUUCCAAUGCCUUCGUUUGCUCAUGUAUCACUUAUUCUAGCUCCUGAUAGAAGUAAACUGUCUAAACGUCAUGGGGCUACUUCUGUGGGACAGUACAAAGAGAUGGGCUAUUUGCCUCAGGCAAUGGUAAAUUAUUUGGCACUUCUUGGUUGGGGUGAUGGUACUGAAAAUGAGUUCUUCACCAUUGAUGACCUAGUGGAAAAAUUCACUAUAAAUCGUGUCAACAAAAGUGGAGCAGUCUUUGAUGCUGUAAAAUUAAAAUGGAUGAAUGGACAACAUCUAAGAUCAUUUCCCCCUGAUGUACUCAUCAAGAGUUUUGAGGAUAGAUGGAAGGACACAGGCAUUCUCCAGGAGUCUGAAAGUGGUUUUGCUAAAGAAGCGGCUGAGCUUUUGAAGGAUGGCAUCGAUUUGAUCACUGAUGCUGACGCAGCCCUUUCAAACCUGUUGUCGUAUCCCCUCCAUGCUACAUUAAGCAGUGAUGAAGCUAAAUCUGUGGUGCAAGACAAGCUUUCUGAGGUUGCAUCAGGACUCAUUUCUGCUUAUGAUAGCGGUGAACUUUGUCAAGCACUAGCUGAGGGCCGUGAUGGUUGGCAGAAGUGGGUGAAAAUUUUUGGCAAAUCACUUAAAAGAAAGGGAAAGUCACUCUUUAUGCCGCUCCGUGUACUGCUGACUGGCAAGCUUCAUGGGCCUGACAUGGGCGGCACCGUAGUCCUCAUACACAAAGCCGGCACCUGUGGAGCGGUCACUCAGCAAUCCGGUUUCGUAAAUCUCGACGAGAGGUUCAGAAUCCUGAAGGAGGUGGAGUGGGAGUCACUGGUACAGGAGCAAGAGUCCCCAGCUGAAACUGCCGUUCCUGCUUCUCGAUAGGCUGCAAGAUUCAGAUCAAUCAGGGAGAGUUUUUGUUUUCUGUAAUACUCCACUAUAAAGCAUAGGAUAUGUUCCAUUUUACUACCCAUUUCUACAGUUGUGAGGAAACUAUAGUUUCGGUUUUCUGUAGUUAAUAAAGCGGAAUUUUGCUUAGCUGUUCUGUAAUUGUCGAUUUGAAUUGGAUUGGAUGGCAAAGGUUACGAGGUGAUGCUGCUUGUCUUUUUCAGUUGCUGAAUCCAAAUAUUUCUGAGAACA